CCUAUCUACAUCAAAACAAAUGAGUGUCCAUCAGACAUGGCUGAAACAGGCUGAGUUUUGCCGCUUACCUUCGCUUUCAUCCACACGAUUGGCAUAAACCACCAUCGCGGAAAAGGUCGCCUUAUAUUACAACGUUUGUGAAGUCCGCGAUCUGCUCUUUGGGAGCGACAAAGUUGCUGUAAAUAGAUAGACUUCUACCUGGUUACGCUAUCCUUGGUCGCAGACUGAGACGGGCGUGCUCGACGUAUGUGGCUAGUUCCAAGCAACUGUUGACACUAAACUUAGCAAAAUGUACGAGAUAGAUACGUCUAGAGUUCGAUCACCAUUAGAAAAUCCAAAAUGGGAUUUAAAGCACACCAAGAAUGGCACAUACAACGGCAGACGAGUAGAACAAGUAGACUUAGAGGAUUUACAGUCCGUAAUCAAAUUAAAGCCACCGCCAAAGAAAACCUGGGAACCGGAUGUCAAGGCAAUGAUCUCCACCAAGAAAUGGUUGGGUACACAUGGAUUGAAACGCAAUAGACUAUCACUAAAUCAGAUACUGCCAGCGAUUGGCUUUAAACACUCUGAUGAUUUUGACAGAUCACUAAAGAAACCGAUUUGUUCUCGCUAUGGUGAAGGCAUGUUUUCUCGUUAUCCCAAGAAAGACGGCAAAGUUUACAAUAUAACAGUGAGUAAAGAACGACUGAAACAGAUUGAAAAUAGCCUUUUGCAGGCAAUUGUAUUAUACAAGCGACGACUGGAAUGGCUGACGACUGAGAGUCGGCGUUUGUUUGGCGUUAUUGAAGAGCAUUGCAUCACCAUAGUGCUGGACAUCAAAACAAACAACCCAAGCAUGUUUGAUCAUUGUAGGAAUGCUAUGGUCAGACUUCUGGAUGAACAGAUUGGACAGAUUGCAAAAUUCAAUCUUAUUAGAGCUGGACAAGACAUGGUUAUGUUCCAGGAUGCUGCAGUACCAGUCUGUCGAGAGAGUCUGGAUAAGGCAAUUAACUGGAUAUUCUCACUGGACCAUGCCGCUGCCUCCACCAAAACUUGUGCCACAGAAGCUGUUUUCAAAGCAAUGUCGGACAAAAAUAUUGAAGCCGUGUACUUAUUUUCUGAAGGUGGUUCAACAGAGAGUGCAAGGGAGUUACUCAAAGAAAAAGUAAAAAAUGGUUCAAUGCCUGUCAAUACAGUGGCUUUCAACAGUACUGAUUCCGUCACUAUUCAGUUUUUGAAAGAUGUUUCCAGAAUUACUGGAGGAAGAUUUCAUGCCUUCGCCUUCACCAAGCUAGACUCUGACGUGUAUGGCACCAGUGCCUACAACUCAGAUCAAAAACUUCUACAUGGGGGAGUGCCACCGGGUGCUGGAAUGAGAGACGAUGUGGUCAAACUGUGGGAAGAACUUGAAGAAGCUAGAAAUACAUUAUCAGAGAUACAGCUCCUGAGUGAGGAUGCUGUAGAGGGCAAAGGUGAAAGUGCAGGAAUGAAUGAUUCAGAAACCAGAGAUGUGUUUAGAGGUGACCAAUACUUGACAUCCAAGGAGUGGUUGUCUAAGCAUGGCCUGGAUGCAAAGAAACUGGGAUUUUUUGAUGUCCUAGCGGGUGUUGCAUUCAAACACUGCGAUGGCGUAGUAGACGUCAAGAGACCACCAGAUGAGGAAGUCACAGAUGCCUCUUCACGUAACAAGCUAAUAAAUGCACAAUACUGUGAUAAAUUCUGCCAUGUACUGUGGAAAGACGGAACAGUGAAACAUGUGCAUGUAACAGCUGAUGUACAUAGAAACUAUGAAAGACGAAUGGCAGUGGCAUUGGAUGCUCUACAGAAAAGAAUUGACUGGUUACAGCAGGGAAGUCGAGAGUUGUUCGGUACAAUUAUUGAAGAUCAGGUCUACAUUCUGAUUGAUGUCUCAAAUUCCAUGGAACCUCAUUUGGAUCUGGUCAAAGAGAAACUCAUCCGGUUAAUGGAGGAACAACUACGCCACAAAAUGAAAUUCAACCUCAUUAAGUUUGGGACACGUGCAAUGACAUGGCGGGACAGAAUGGUCGACGUCAAUGAAGCUAAUUUGCAUAGUGCUUGGAGCUGGGUUCGCGGAUUGACAGUAACCGGAUCAACUAAUACAUUAUCUGCAUUGAAGCUGGCAUUAUCAGAUCCCAACACACAGGCAGUCUAUCUCCUUACUGAUGGGAGGCCUGAUAUGCCACAGAAGACUGUAUUAGCUCAAGUUCAACUACAACAGAAAGUACCCAUCCAUACAAUUUCAUUCAAUUGUGCAGACACAGAAGCUAAUCAGUUCCUAGCACAACUAGCUGCUGACACAGGAGGGCGCUAUCACUACUUUUCAGAGCAGGGCACAAGAGAUCCUGGUGGUCCCAUGCCGUUUGAGAGUGAGGACAUCAGAUUUUUGAAAGAAGAACUGGACAGAGGUCGAGAAGAUCUUUCAAAGAUAGCAAGAUUAAGGGCUGAAUGUGCAGCCUUAGAUUGGACCAAUAAUAGACAUGUAGAGUUUGGUUGCAGCAGAGACCAUGGAUUACCGCCACGUCCAGCUUCGGCACCAGGUAUGCGAAUGGAUUCUCCCAAACCACCAAUUACUCCAAGAACUACCCGACCCAUGUCUGCAUUUGGUACAGCUGAACUGACCACACAUAUUAAAUGCCACAGCUACAGAGCUGGGACUUUCCCUAGAAAAAACUCUGUAACUAAAGGGAAGCCAAAGCUAGUUGCAGGCCAUACUAAAACCAGUCUGAUGAGAACCAUGAGUAGUACUUCAUUUGAUCCCAGCAAGCAAUGGAUGUUGCCGGAAACCAGGGAAUUGUUUGAAAAACAGUGGUCUAAAUUUAAACAAGCAUUGGAAGAAACUGAAAAAAUAGACCGACUGGAGAAGAUAAAAAAACAGAAAAAGAGAACUCUAAGAAUCAAAGAUAAAGAUCCGUAUGAGAUGACCUCAAGGAGGUGGUUGAAGAUUUACGGUUUAAGAGCUCGUAAACUGACAAUCAUGGAUGCUUUGUCACCUACCGCUAUUCCACAUCGUGCCAAAUAUGUACCAAUACUUGAUAAGUACGUGCUGUCAAAAGUGUUUGACGAGGUAUUACCUCUAGCCCAUACUACUGGAUCUAAUAGAAAGGAAGUGAAAUUAAUCAACCCUCACGGCGUCAAUCUAGUUGGUUAUGAAGAAAGAUUACAGGACGCCAUCAAUGAUUACAACAAGAGAUUAGAUAUGAUUGUAUGGAAGGCCUUGACAGAUGAAGAAAGAGACAAAUUUGGCAGUGAAAACAGUGGUCCGGUCUCUUUCAUGGACAAUAAACUAGAACUGAUGCAGGCCCUGGACAGACUAGGAUGGCCACUACGUGAAGAUGACAUCUUAUUGCUACAAGAAGAAAUAGAACAAGCAUAUAAGUACUUGCAACAGAGCAAGGACCUAAGGAGGGCUGCUGAACGUAAAAGUAGUCUGUCAAGCAUCGGUACUGACAACAAUCGACCGAAGAGUGGUAAGAAAAUAAGACGAAAGAAGAUCAAGAAACGUUAUACUCAGAAUGAUGAUUAUUACGAUGACAUUGAAGAUGAUAUAAUUGAUGACGGAGACGAUGGGGAUGACGUCUUUGAUGAAAAGUCAACAGCGAGAGAAUAUGAGGGCUUGGGCAGCUCGAUAUCAGAGACCAGCUCUAGUAAGAAGCCUCCCACAUCCAGGAAAAGAAUACAGAAAAUAUUAGAUAAGAGGAAAGGCAUGAGUGUUGUCGGUCGAAGUGAAUCCGAUGGUCUCUAUUAUCCAGGAAUUGUGACACAAUGUCCCGAUGCUAGACAUGUUGAAGUGAGUUUCCGAGAUUUAGCCGUGGAGAUAAUCCCCUCAAGGUUUGUUAUACCAAUUGGUGGCGCUCAACCAUGUCCAGGACUUCGGGUUGGUGAUUAUGUUUUAGUAAAGACUACUGAUGAUGACAUAGAAUGCUGGGUGCCUGCUAUUGUACAACACACACCGGAGGAUAGAAACAGACAGGCUAAAUAUUUCACAGUCUUAAAAUACAAUAAUAGAAAGUGCACGGCUCUUCGCAGUGAACUCUUGAAGAUUACAAAGUCAAGGUUCAGUUUUGCACUUCGUUUCAUUUUAGAAUUAAAGAAAGAACAAUAUCAAAGAGAAAUUAUCACAGCUUCUUAUGAUGAGAACAGACGUGGAAGAAAACAUCACCGUAGACACAGAAAACAUCGUCAUAAACACAGAAGACGAAGAAGAGAUGAAGAUAGUGACAAAGAUGAAGAUGAAAUCGCGAAGGUAACAGGUCGGUAUUCAAGCUCAGAAAGAAGUCGGAGUAGGAGCAAAAGUGGUGGAAGUCAUAGUCGAAGUCGGAGUCGAAGUCGAAGCCGUUCCACUAGCCGAAGUAGGUCUAGAUCUCCAGACUCAAGGGGAGGAGCUCAAGCACCGACACCAACACCACGUAGUUUUAGGAAAUCAAGUUCAAGAUCGAGAUCAAGAUCUAAGUCUCCCUCUCGAUCCCGAUCCAAAUCCCCCUCUCGAUCCCGAUCCCAAUCACCCUCCCGAUCCCGAUCACCUCCAAAGAGAGACAGGUCUAAAAGUCCUCAUAGAGAUGAAGUAUUCUUGUCUGAACAUCACAAAAAGUUAGAGGAAUUGCAGAGAAAGUUGGAAGAACAGCAAGAAUCACAAUUGAAGGCACAAGAGGAUUUACGGAUUCAACAAGAAAACUUGGUUGAUGCUGCCAGGCAACUGUAUGAUGCUAAGAUUGGAGAGUUACAGAAUACACAAGCAGCUCUGCUGAAUGAACAGGAGAAAUUACAACGGCAGCAAAGAGAGUUGAUUGAGAAACAAGAACAGCAGAUGAGAGAAUCAACGUUUGUUAGACGAGAUGAGACAGACGGUGAGCGAAGAGAAGUAUCACCAAAAUCAACACCAAGGGCAUCAAGAAAAUUAAAAGAAGGGGAAGAAGUUUUAGCCAGAUGGUCUGAUGACGGAUGGUACUAUAGAGGCACUGUUGCUUCUAUUGUGGAUGAGAAUACAUAUCUCAUUUCUGAUAGUGUUGGUGAUCUAGAACAGAUACAGAGAAAUGAUAUAUUCACAGAUGGCGACGAUUCAGAUAAUAUAAUAAAGCCAAAUGAUCCUGUCAUAGCCCUGCAUCCAAGCUAUUCCUUCAGUUACUCCCCUGGUGUAGUCUUAAACAUUUACCCAGAUCUAUGGACACACAUUCGUUACUAUGAUGGUGAGGAAGCAAAGGUACCCAGGGAGGAAGUGUACAAGACAACUGCAGACAAGUUUGAGGAUGAUGUCAGAUUCAUCUUACAAUGUGAAGACAGCUGGGUGGGCCAAGCAGUGGUUGCUAGAAAUGAUACUGAUGGGAAGUACUACCUAGGUCAGGUAAAAGAGAGAGUUGGUAAUGGUAGACAGUACAUCGUGGAAUGGGCAGAUGGUUCCCUGCAGAUUCAGAACUCAUCGUGUAUAUUUGGUGCAUUCACCAAACGUCAUCGUCUGGCACUGGGAGACAAAGUACUAGCAAUUAUCAACAGUCAGAGUCUGGUCUAUCUGCCAGGUGUUAUCACUAGUGUCAACGGCAAUGAGCUGGUGGUGAAAUUCUGUGAUGGAAGAAGUUCCAGUCACGUGGACCCGAAGCAAUGUUUCUGGCUUUCACAAGACUAUUACGAUAGUGCCGUAUCUUUCUAUCAGCACCGACAAGACUACUCCUCAGAAGGGUCGACUGAUUCCAGCCGUUAA